AUGGGGGACAUUUUCAUGGACAAGGCGCUCACACGGCUGUCCUCAGAUAAACAAAAGGACCGUGUUGAUGGGUUAGCAGACUUGAAACAUAUUCUCCAGCAGAACAAGGAAUGCCCCGAGCUCCUUGGGUUCAGCGACAAGGCUUGUCAUAGAAUCUUCGAGGCUUUGUUCCAAUUCGUUGCCACUGAAAGAACAAGCUAUAUUCGUGCGAAGCGCUCAAUUGGCAAGAGUUCUUCGGGCACACGGCUAUCAACGUGUGCUUCAGUGCUUCGUACAGCAGUGGACAUUUUUGUACGCAACAUCAGAGCAAAGACAGUGCGUGCCAUUGUCGACCAUAUCACCGAUUCCAUAGCAGUUCCCAGGGAAGGUCUGUGGGAGCCGCUUAGUGUCGACUACACAAAAAGUCUGAAAUGCCUUCUCCAGUAUCCUCCCCACACUGAACAUCUUGACGAGGGUGACUGGGAGAAGCUUAUGGAUUUCUGCCUGAGCGUAAUUGAUGCAUCUGAGAGAGAUGACAGUCAACUGAGCAUUCGCACCGGACAGCAAUCCACUGCAGAUGAUCAGCUUGAUGCGAGCGACACUCCUUCAACGCCACAAAUAUCAGCGCCCAUCUCGGGAAACAGGGACUCUUUCGUGGGUGACAAGACUGCGGUCGAAGAGACUUUGUCUUGUAUCAAAAUCCUGACAAAUUCUCCCGUGGCUCCGAUUCAAUCGACCGCCGAGAGCAUUUUGCAGUCUCUUGAAGGAUUCGUCAGCUCAUCGCCACGAAUGGCAGCAAAUGCACACCAACUUGCAUUCAGCAGUAUUAACACGGCCAUCUCGAGGGUCAUGUUCGACCAGUCGGAGCUUGUGAGAUCGAAUUUGUGUAAACUGGUCCCAACUGUUCGAAAAUUGUGGAAUACAAAACUCCAGGCUCUGAAAGAGGAACUCCUUGUCAAUGUGAUGUUGUACCUAGCCACUUUCAGUACCGUGACGGACGCCGCCCCAUUGGAGACUCAUAUCCGUCUUAUCCAGGCAUUGUCUGAUUGUAUUCAUGCCGAGUAUCUUCGAAGACAUGAACGCGAGAUAUUACAACUUGACGACGUCAUAUUCCACAUGGGACGAGAUGCGUCCGUGAACCUCAUACAUGGGCCUCGGCUGGGAAGCAGUCGCUCAGUCUACGGCUGGACCCUUUUAUGGAUCCUCGCAGAGCUAUUGAAAUUAUUAGAGAGCGUUACAGCUCAUGACCACAGCCAUUCUACAAUGGCAGAAGCUUCCACGAAAAGAGUCCGUCUUUCAUCCGCAUUCGAGGAUGUGUUCAGACAUGCGACAUCAGGAGCUGGGAUGCAAAAGAUAUGUGCACUUCAAUUAGUGCCAUUUUUGGAAGACAAAAUGGAUAUGAACGAGACGGAAGCAUUUGUACAGAAAGCCAUUCCGAGCAUUGUGGAUGACAGCUCCUCGAUUUCUUCUUGGACAAUGGUCGCCCUGACGAGCAUAGUCAAAGGGUCCAGAUCACGGCACCCACGACUGAAAGCUUACUGGCCACAGGCUGUAGAUCUUGCGAUUCGUGCCUUCUCUUCAUCUGUAACAUCAAGGCCCGCAUGCAAUUUCCUGGACGCAAUUUUUCAUCAUGACUUGCUUGAACAUUCGUCUGCCACGGAAACUAUGCUAUCAAUGCUUUCAUCCGCAAAAUUGAAUGGGCCAUCUUCGAUUUCUGACUCGGCUCUGGAAAUGUGGGCCACAAUUGCUCAUAAAAGAUUGAGUUUCAGCCCAGGGGUCGCGCACGAGAUAUCGCAACAAGUCUGUGCUUGGCUCAGGGAUGUCUGGUCGAUUGGACGGAUGUCUGAUCGGCUGCAGACUGCCCAGAUUGCUCUUUUCGCUCGCCCAAUCAGCCUCUUAAAACUCCUCAUGGCAUGCAGCAACUGUGCCUUUGGAAAGUCAGAUCUGCCACACUCUGGGUCUUCAGGUCUCAUAGCUCGAACGUGGCUCUACCUUGACGAAAACAGAAGUCUUCUUCGAUACCUCUUUGAUAGUGUCUCCGAAGUACCUCAUCAUGUUCUCAGUGCUGACAGGAAAACUUCGCUGCUGAAGCUGUCUCGACGCCAGAAUGAGGAUGACGAGGUCAUCAUUGAGUUCCUACGUUCGAAAUUAGAUGGGUUCUCCCAGUUCUGGAAGGCAAUCACCGGGGAGAAAUCAUUUCAUAUUUCUCCAGACAUCUUGCAGAUCAUGACAUCUUUCUGCGUGACAUCCUUCCUUUUCAUCGCAUCUAAGCAUGAGCCCCUUCAAUCAGAGGUCCAGAGACUCCUCGAUGAUUUUAUUGUUCUCUGGGAAGCCCUUUGCGACUUCAUAUGCGCAAACUCAUCGAAUGCUCUUUAUCCUUGUCUUGAAGUAUUAUCACCCAUCCUCUGCUUGGAUUCGGAGCUUGAAACUUCCCAGAUUGAAGAAAAUCUGCUGCCGCUGCUGCGAUCACUGGUAGAAAAGCUCGACAUGUCCCGUGUAACUCCGCGGGUGAUUCCUUCCUCUGACAAGCAUACCGUGGAUCUCAUUGAUCAGCCCAGUCAUGAUGUCGUAGAUCAUUCGGUGAAAGAGGUGAUUCUCGCCUCCAAUCGAAAUGCGGCUGAUUUUUGCUCCGAUUCAUUGACGUUCCAACGUCGCGAGACAAUUCGAUUGUCACUCAUUGUGCAUACCCGCGGCGUGGACCCAAGUACCGGCAACUCCGGGUCUGCCCUGUUGAAGUAUGUGAAAUGUUUGGAAGAACACGACCUCCUGUCAGCACAAUCGAUUUUACCAGCAUUCUUUCGUCGCUUCACCAGGUUAUCGAGAGAGAAUCUGAUAAUCAUCCUCGAGACCAUUGCCGAAAGAUGCUUGCAGUCAUAUGAAAUGGCGCGAUGUGAAGCCUCACACACAAUUUGUGUUCGUAUGAUGACUGAACUCACGGAAAUCUGGUCAAAGUCUUCUCAAGAUGAUUUGACUGAUUCAGCAACAGAUCUGUAUAGCUGGUUCGUGGAAUGUCUCAUAGGUAAACAGCGAGCGACAACUCGAGUGAAUGUUGCCAUUUCUGAGCUUGUGCAAAAGGUCAUCGACCUCUGUCCGUCAUUUGGCAAAGAAGGGGAACUUCCGUCGCCAAGAACCAUCAUUCUCACUAUACUGCAACAAGGAGACAUUCAGGUGAAGUUCAGUAUUGCCGAGUUCUUGCCGAGUCUCUUCCAACAAUUUCUUUUCCGAGACCAUGAUGCCGUUUUUGAGGACGUGCUGGAGAGUCUGCCGAGAGACCCUGAUUGGGUCGAAGGUAUUGCUAUUCGUCUCCUCGUAUUAUCGAAAUUGGCUUCGAAGUGGCACACAUUACUACGAAGAAGUGUUUACCACAUGUUUGAGACACCAGCUCAAGUUUCGGGUUCCCUCAAGUACGCUCAAGCAUGUAUAACAUCCACAUCGACCGCUCUCGGGCUGCAACAUGCGCGGCAGCUCUUUCGCUUGUUCGCGUCUCAGGUGCUUUACACUUGGACCGAAACCCACAGCGUGAUGUCCAUGCCAUACUCGACAUUCCGGUAUGACAGCCUUGCCGAAAUGCUGAAUGAUGUGAGAGACGAGCUUGUCGGUCAGAUGAUGAUGCGUGGUAGGGAAGCAGAUGUCCAGGAGCUCGCAGCCUUUCUUGACGUCCCUUACAUCGAAUUUAUUCAAAGUUCCUUCGCCAAAGCGGAGGCCUACAGUAUCGCAAGAGACAUCAGCACUCCCCCUGAGCAAGGAGGUCAAAUAAUGGGAGCCGAGAUACGCUUGAGAAAAUUACUCGGAUCAGAAAGCUUCAUGACGCAAAUUGAGGCUGGCUUCCCUCAAAUCAUCGCAUAUCUUUUCCUCGCUUUAGAUCGACAUGAACAGGCAGAGCGCGCCUACUCGAAGCGCCCUGAUUUUCAAUAUGCGUACUCGAUUCAGUCCAGAAUUUCGGCAAGGGCUUCAUCUCAGCGCUUGUUGCCAGUAAACCAGCAGCCAGCUUUCCGAGCUCGAUACUUGUUGGACGAACUCGAAUUCUUAUGCAGGUGUGCCGGCUUUGAGCUGCGUGGUAUUUGGUCACCGGCCCUCGCAAUAUUUGUGUGUCGUUCACUGUUGGAUUCCGUACACCCGGCUUUGGGAGCUUUGCACGCGUGCUCCGUUGUUCGAAAGAUCAGGAUCCUCGUAUGUCUUGCAGGCCCGAUAAUGCUGGAGAACUAUCCGCUUGAGAUGCUUCUCAACUCGCUAUGUUCAUUCAUUGUCGACCUCGACUGUGCCGAAGAUACCAUUGGAAUUAUGUGGUAUCUGCUCGAGGCAGGGAAGCCUUACCUACUGACAAGACCCGAUUUCGCCGCAGGCAUUUGUUUAACCGCAUUAGUGUCACUCCGCCGGUUCUUACUUUCAUCGGUCCAGAAUAGAUUUCGAGAAGAACAAUUCCAAGAAGCCUCGUCAGUCGCGGAGAAAUUCCAUGAAUGGCUCUGUGGCUUCAUCGACAGUUUUCGAGACACUGCGUGGGUCGAUGCCAUCAAAUCGUCUUUCGAAGGGCUGUUGUCAGCCGCGAAGAGAAUACCCACCACAUUGGAAACAAGCUUUGAGGCCGAGAGAGAUCUGGUGCUCACAAUUCUGCAACAUCGCAAUAACCCCCAAUCACUUCUAAGCGAACGCACUGCAGAUUUAGUACUUUCGAUACUGUGUGCAUAUCUCGAGAGUCAUGGAAGCCCCAUGUGGUGUGGCUUCGGUCCUAUUGAGAAUCCUGCGACGCUUACCUGCUCGCUUUUGGAUACGGUUUUCAAGCUGAAUAAUGGACGGGAGUACAAUCUUUGGGCUGCUGAAAUGAUAGGGCUUUCUUUUGCAACCACAGGCCGAAUUGAUGAAAGGCUUACACGUGAACAGGAAAAAUUGUUCACGGAUAUGCCAAAAACAGGCGAGAUAACAUCUUUAUCUGAGCAGUCCAAAAACACCAUCCUUCGACUACUUUGCGACAAACUUCAAGUCCAAAAUCCUACUGAGACGGGCUCCAUUGAGCGGACGUUGCAAGUCAUUCUGAGCCAAACUUCGACAGACGAGGACAUUGAGACUUACGCCGAUGUUGUUCCAGCGACACUCAUGCCAAGCCUUCUUUGGAGCCCAUAUCCUUGUCCCCUAUUGCCUUCACUAGCUACAGAUGUGAGUCUCAGUGAAAUGGCUUGUCGGAAAAUGACCAAGGCGAUCAGUUUGAGCGAUUGGGCGUCCCAGUUAGCUCUUGCAUUAACCAAUACUGUUUCACAUGACUGUGUCAUUGGACCGCUUCAAGUUGUUUUGAGAGAAAUGCCGACUUUUGCCGUGCAGGCUUUGCCUCAUGUAAUUCAUGCAGUAUUUUUGUCAGGUGAUUACAGGGCGAAUCAGCGUGUCCGGCAAGAUCUGUCCAAGAUAUUUGAAGGCAUCCUUGAGGAUGUCACGGUUGGAAUGAUGCCGCAUGCCCGUCUUGUGAUCUAUUGCAUCCUUCACUUGCGAAACCUGCCUUUUCCCAGAGAAUCCACUAUUGUUGACCGCAAUAGAUGGCUUGAUCUCGACUAUGGACUCUUAUUCACAGCAGCCCAUCAAUGCGGCCUGCAGAAAACUGCUUUGCUUUUCCUCGAAAUAGAAGCCUCAAAAGUGAUAUCAAGCUCUCGCCGCUCUUCUGUGACCAAAUACGAACCGCCGGUGGAGCUACUCAACGCAAUUUUUCGAAACAUUGAUGACCCAGACCUAUUUUACGGCAUUCAACAAACCUCGUCUCUAGCAACAGUGAUGGAAAAACUGGAGUAUGAGGGGGCAAGCCUGAAGACACUCCUCUUUCAGAGCGCGAAUUUUGACUCUGAUAUCCAAUUGACUGAACAAGUCGACUCCUCUGGCGUUCUGAAAGCGUUGAAUGCGACGAACCUGCAAGGUAUUGCCAAUUCACUGUUGACUGCUUCAGAUAGCCAUAAUAGGGGUUCUUCCUCUGCUGCCAUGCUGCAAGCCGCCACCAGUCUUCAGCAAUGGGACGUUCCAGUUUUGCCGCUCCGCAGUUCGCCAUCAGCAACAGUGUUUAAGGCUUUCCAAAGUCUCAACAGGUCCAUGGCGGUAUCUGAAGUUUAUGCCUCACUAGAUACGUGUCUCCUGACGUCUCUAAGUCAUCUCGUUCAGCCCGGUCAAUCAGCGAUCGAAUUGAGAAACACGAUGCGAGCUCUCGGUAUACUAGCCGAGGCCAAGAAUGUUCUUUCUGCUUCUUCAGCAGAUGGCAUCAAGAAGGAGUGGCAGACAAUCAUAGCAAGAAGUGACUGGUUGAAAAGUGCGAGCUACGUCGAGGCUCGGGAGACACUUAGCUGGCAUGAAGCAUUGUGUUCCUCAUUUCGCAAGAACGCGCUGCUAGCCUCUAAGUGGGAGCUGGGUCUCGAUGAUACACACCUACUCGAAGCCAGAGUUUUUCGCCGCUCGCUUGAGAUUUCAAGAAGUCACGGAGCAUCCCAGGCAUCCUUGAAGAGCGCGAUCACUCUAUCCAAGCUGGCGAAGCCCUGUGCUGAGCUAGGGAUCAACAUCCAAGCAGUGGCUGAGUUUGAUCUCGCCAACGUUCUGUGGGAUCAGGGCGAAAUGACCGCCUCUAUCCGAAUGUUGCAACAGCUGAAAGGCAAAAGCGAUCUGCAUAAGCAGGCAAUCCCCUUGAGCCGUGCUGAAUUGCUUGUCACCCUGGGUCAUCACGUUGCUGAAGCUCGACUCGAAAAACCGGAGUCUAUCCUGCAAGACUAUCUUUAUCCCGCAGUUAAGGAACUUAAAGGUGUCUCUGAAGGUGAAGCUGCCGGUCGGGUCUAUCACGGAUUCGCCAGUUUUUGCGAUCAGCAAUUACACAAUCCUGACGGAUUGAAUGACUACACAAGAGUCAAACAACUGCGUGAUCGAAAAGAGAGCGAAUUGCUUGGUCUAGAGGAAAUGAUGCGGAAGGCCGAAGGACGCUCUAGAGAGUCUCUAAAAAUUUUCCGUGCCAAGGCCAAACAAUGGUUUGAUCUCGACGAUCGCGAAUACCAGCGUCUCUCUCGGAGCCGCGAAGCUUUUCUCCAGCAGUGUCUUGAGAACUACCUCCUGGCUCUCCGAGAAAGCGAGACUUACAACAGCGAUGCACUACGAUUUUGUGCCCUUUGGCUCGAUAAUUCGGACAGCCAGACAGCAAACAAAGCUGUGUCGCGAUAUCUCAAGGAAGUGCCCAGUCGAAAAUUUGCGCCAUUGAUGAACCAACUCUCCUCGCGCCUCCUGGAUGUAUCUGAUGACUUCCAAUCUCUCCUGAGUGGGCUUGUUUUCCGCAUUUGUGCAGAGCAUCCGUACCAUGGGAUGUAUCAAAUAUUUGCCAGUAGCAAGUCGAGAGGCGGCAAAGAUCAAUCUUCACAAUCGAGGUUCCAAGCUGCCACCAAGCUCGUGGAUCGUCUGAAAAACGAUAAAAAUAUCUGUCUGACCUGGAUAUCAAUUCAUAAUAUGAGCAUAUCCUACGUUCGCUUUGCCAUUGACAAACCCGACAACAAAUUCAAGACCGGCGCCAGAAUCCCUCUGAAUAAACUGCCGACGGGCGUACGUCUCAGCAAAGAUGUGGAAUCCUACAAAUUGCCCCCUCCUACGAUGAAAAUUGAGCUUCGAGCAGACCUAGACUAUAGCGGCAUUCCAUCCAUACAAAGGUUCAGUUCCGACUUUACGCUCGCGUCCGGCGUGAGCGCCCCGAAAAUCGUGACUGCCGUUGGCACAGACGGGAUUCGCUACAAGCAGUUGUUCAAGGGAGGAAACGAUGACUUGCGACAAGAUGCUAUCAUGGAACAGGUAUUCGAACAAGUGAGCAGUCUUCUGAAGGACUAUCAGCCCACGCGUCAGCGCAAUUUGGGCAUCCGUACGUAUAAAGUUCUUCCUUUGACCUUGCAUGCGGGGAUUAUUGAAUUCGUGCCGAACACAAUUCCGCUGCACGACUAUCUCAUGCCAGCACAUGUAAAGUACUUCCCCGAAGACAUGAAGCCUAGCGCCUGUCGGAGGAACAUUGCAAACGUACAAACGCGAUCGUUUGAGCAGAGAGUCAGAACCUACCGCCAAGUCACGGAAAACUUCCAUCCAGUGAUGAAGUUCUUCUUCAUGGAAAAUUUUGGCAAUCCAGACGACUGGUUCACCAAACGCUUGGCGUAUACCCGGAGUACUGCGGCCAUCUCCAUUCUCGGUCACGUUCUUGGACUGGGAGAUCGGCACGGUUACAACAUUUUGCUGGAUGAGAAGACAGGAGAAGUGGUACACAUUGACCUGGGUGUCGCCUUUGAGCAGGGACGGGUUCUUCCAGUACCCGAAGUGGUUCCCUUCCGGCUCACUCGUGACCUGGUUGAUGGAUUUGGCAUCACACAAACCGAGGGUGUGUUUAGACGCUGCUGCGAAUUUACGCUCGAGGCCCUUCGCCAGGAGUCAUAUAGUAUUAUGACCAUACUUGAUGUCCUUCGGUAUGAUCCAUUGUACAGCUGGACUCUGUCACCAUUCCGAAUGAAGAAAAUGCAGGACGACGAUGUGGACGGCGAUGGGCCUCCCGUGCUGCCCGGUCAAGAAGACAAAGGCCCGACCAACGAGCCCAGCGAGGCUGAUCGGGCUUUGACUGUGGUCGCCAAGAAGCUGAGCAAGACUCUCAGUGUGACUGCUACCGUCAACGAACUGAUUCAGCAAGCCACGGAUGAGAGGAAUCUAGCCGUACUUUAUUGUGGAUGGGCUGCAUAUGCUUGA